AUGGAAUCGUCCACUAGUAACGCUGCUGUUGCUGCUGCCGCUGCAGCUGCUGAGCUCAACCAACAACAACCGCAACAAGAGUUCCAUCUGCCUUCUUAUCUAUUGAAGACGGCGUAUGGAGAAGAAUUACAGAAGAAAUUAGCAACACCUUCAACUUUACAAAAUGACCGUUCAAUCACUACAAAGCUAAGUGCUCUGGGGAUAAUGGGUAAUAUGCCUUCAAGAUAUCUGAAUGCUGAUUAUGAUAGUGAAUUGGCCUCAAUAUUUUCAGCAACUACAAAUAGUCAAUCAACAAACCCAUCCCGUGACAGAAAUACAACAUUUGAUAGUUAUGAAGAUGAUGAUGUUAUACAUGAUGAUGAAGAUGAGGAAGAUGACGAUGACGAUGAAGAAGAAGAAGAGGAAGAAGUGAGAAAUAUUCAUUAUGCAGAUGAAAUGGAUAUAGAUUACGAAGAUGCAGGUAUACGUCGUUCAAUAAGCUCAAGAUCAAUAUCAAGACGUAAUUCAAGAAAGGAUUCAAGAUCUUCAAGAUUACAAUCAAUAUCAUCUACAAAGAAUCCUUUUACAAACUUUAAAUAUUCAUUACCUACCAAAUGGGAACCUUCAUCAAAUAAAUCACUAGUUGUGGCAAAUAAUGGGUUAACAUUAAAAAUUGAUAAUAAUUCUAAUAAUAGUGCAACUGCAUCAAUAUCGAAAAACUAUGAUUAUUUGGUAACGAAGACUGAUAAUUCAAUUCCUGUUAAUGUUGGUAUUUUCUAUUUUGAAACGAAAAUCCUUACAGUGACAAAUAAUAAUUUGAAAAAUAAUUCAGAUGUUACAAUAGGAUUUAUGCAUUCAAGUCUUGGAAAUGUUAGUAAGAUGCCAGGAUUAGAGAAUGGAAGUUAUGGAUUCAAUGGUAGUGAUGGUAGUAUCAUUUAUAGUCAAUCCACAAGUAAGAAAUAUAAUUGUAAAUUUGGUCAAGGUGAUAUCAUUGGUACUGGAAUUAAUUUUGCUACAAAGAGUAUAUUUUAUACAAAGAAUGGUGUUUAUUUAGGUGUUGCAUUUACAGAUAUUAAUAGGGCAUUAACUCCAAUAAUUGGUUUGAAGAAUGGGAAUUCAGUUAGUUCAAAUUUUGGUCAAAAUGAAUUCAUUUUUGAUAUUGAUGGUUAUAUUGAUGAUGAAAAAUUGAAAAUUUAUAAAAAAGUUUUCAGUUUUACCAAGGAUAAUAAAUGUGAUGCUGUUAAUAGAAUCAAUUUGAAUACAGAUAAAGAGAUUCCAAAUGUUUUACAAAAAUUGGUUAGUUCAUAUUUCAAUCAUUUAGGUUAUAUUGAUAUUUCCAAAACCUUUCUUCAAGAGAUUAAAAAUGAACAAGUUGAUAAAACCUUAAUCAAGAAUUUCAACAAGAUUGAAACAAUUUCCACAAUUGAUGAAAAUAAUCUCAAGAUUCGUCAACAAAUUAGAAAAUAUUUGAUAAGUGGUGAUAUUGAUUCUUCAAUAAAAUUAACCAAUUUGAACUUCCCUAAAGUUUUCAGCAAGAAUGAAGAGAUAUUAUUCAAAUUAAAUUGUAAUGAAUUCAUUCAAUUGAUUAAAAAGGCAAAAAUUGAUGAAGCAAUUGAAUUUGGACAAUCACUUAGAUCGAAAUAUAGUGAAAAUUCAAAAUUCCAGGAAUUUUUGAAUGAUAUUUUCAGCUUAUUAGCUUUUGAAAAUCCAAAAGAAUCAGAAUUUGGUUAUUUAUUAAAUGAUGAUGAAAUUUUAAAAAUUUCUGAUGAGUUAAAUUCAGAAAUUUUGAAAAGUUUAGGCAAGUCAAGUAUUUCUAAUUUGGAAAAAUUGAUUAAGCAUAAUAAAAGUAUGUUGCACAUUUUGAAUGAUAAUAAUCAAUUGGAUUCUUUGUUGAUUACAAGUGAUGAUUUCGGGUUAUGA